GUUCUCAUUCAGAAAUACAUUACACCCCCGCCCCCUGCUCUCUUACGCUGUCCCUCUUGCCCGUUUUUUCUCUAAUUGUCGUACAAAAACAGUUCUCAUGGGCUCACGCAUGGUCAAAGCUGGGACAAGCACUUGCCCUGGAGACGCUGGGGGAUCCAGACUUUUAUUUUCCCCAAACGGCACCAGAUGAAUACCAACUAGGGCUAAAUGGAAGCAUAACUCAGAACCACAGGCUACAGACGUGGAGCGACCUCUCACAGUGCAAUGGACAAGCCUUAUGGUCCAGAGGUGAAGUUUAAGCUGGAUAUGGACAAAGCCGAUCCUGCACCCAGCACCUUGGCCAGAGGAGAGUGGUCGAGCAAAAUGGAGUUCCUCUUGGCUGUUGCAGGACAAAUUAUAGGCUUAGGAAAUGUGUGGAGGUUUCCCUACCUGUGCUACAAAAAUGGAGGAGGGGUCUUCUUCAUCCCGUAUGUUCUCUUCCUCUUCACCUGCGGCAUUCCCCUGUUUCUCCUGGAGACGUCUCUUGGCCAGUACACGAAACAGGGAAGUAUUACCUGCUGGAGGAAGAUUUGUCCACUUUUUGAAGGAAUGGGUUACGGCAGUCAAGUGGUUGUUUUAUACUCCAGCAUCUAUUACAUAAUCAUAUUGGCCUGGGCUUUCCUGUAUCUCUUCUGCUCUUUCAACUCUGAACUUCCCUGGGCGAGUUGCAGAAACAGCUGGAACACAGAGACCUGUGUUGAGUUUGAUCAAAGGCCUGCUGAUUUGAACUGGACUGUAGCUGUAAAUGCAACAUCACCAGUGAGAGAGUUUUGGGAGAGAAGAGUUUUGAAUGCCACAGGAAAUAUCCAUGAGUUAGGCAGCAUACGAUGGGAGCUGGCUCUGUGUCUUCUGUUGUCCUGGAUCAUCUGUUACUUCUGUGUCUGGAAAGGAGUAAAGUCCACUGGGAAGGUAGUUUACUUCACUGCCACAUUUCCAUACCUGAUGCUGGCAGCGUUGCUUGUUCGUGGACUCACGUUGCCGGGGGCCUUAGAUGGAAUUAAGUUCUACCUCUACCCAGAUCCAUCCCGCCUGACUGAUCCACAGGUGUGGAUGGACGCUGGCACACAAAUAUUUUAUUCUUAUGCUAUUUGCAUUGGGUGUCUAACUGCACUUGGCAGUUAUAACAAGUACAACAACAACUGUUACAAGGACUGUGUAUAUUUGUGCCUUCUGAACAGUGGGACCAGUUUUGUAGCUGGCUUUGCCAUCUUCUCUGCACUUGGAUUUAUGGCAUAUGAACAGAACACAGACAUAUCAAAAGUGGCAGAGUCGGGUCCUGGCUUGGCGUUUAUUGCCUAUCCUCGAGCAGUUGCCAUGAUGCCUUUUCCUCAGGUCUGGGCAAUAUUCUUUUUCGUUAUGAUCAUCCUACUGGGACUGGACAGCGAGUUUGUAGGUCUGGAAGCCAUGGUAACAGCAAUUGCUGACACAAAUCCUUCCUUUUUCCACGUUGGCCAUAGACGUAAACUUCUCCUACUUGCUAUCAGUGUUGUUAGCUUCUUCAUUGGCCUUGUGAUGGUUACAGAAGGUGGACUGUACAUCUUCCAGUUAUUUGACUACUAUGCCUGCAGUGGGAUGACUCUACUUCUCUUUGCAACACUGCAGUCUGGUUGUAUUGGAUGGAUAUACGGUGCAGACCGCUUUUAUGAUAACAUAGAGGACAUGAUUGGAUACAAGCCAUUAUCCCUGAUUAAGUAUUGUUUGAAAUAUGUCACUCCAGUGAUAUGCAUGGGUACGUUUGUUUUUUCCUUGAUCAAAUACACCCCUCUGAAGUUCAAUAACACAGUUGAGUAUCCAUGGUGGGGUUAUGCGCUUGGCUGGUGGUUCACUCUAUCCUCUACACUCAUAGUCCCUUUAUUUAUGAUGUACAAAGUGAGCACCACUCCAGGUACACUGCGACAGAGGAUCUCCAUCUUAUGUACUCCAGCUGAAGACCUGUCUUUGAACAAAUCCGAGAAAACAGGACUUGAACUGCUCAACUUGAACUCAUCUCCUGACAGCAUGGUGUCCGAGUGACCACAACAACAAACGGUUACUUUCUCCUUGGUUUCUGAGCUGUCAGACCCAUUUUAUAGUCUUCGUUUAGCAAAUGCAGCUGUCUCAGCACUGAAAGCUAGCGAGUUGGGCUGCAACUAAUGAUUACUUUCAUUCUCAAUUGAUCUAUUGCUUUUUACUUGAUUUGUUUUGUAAAAUCUAAGAGAAUAUGGAGAAAUGCAUAUUACAGUUUCCCUAAGCUAUGAGUUGAUAUCUC